GUACUCUGAGUAAUGAUGUGUCCCGUUUACCUCUUACCAAGCUCAAAGUCACAAGUUUCUUCCAUCCGCGCUGACAUAAAGCCUGUUUGUGUGCAUGUAGAGGAGCAGCGCUUCAGGCGGAGGCAUGCAUGCUUACUGGCAGUGAGCCGUGAAGAUCUACCCCAAUAACGCCCACUCUCCAGCAUGCUCCAAGACGAGCAGACGCUUCGUGUGUAUUUGUCUUCUAACUCACCCCUCUAUCAGGAUGAUAUUGCAAGAGGGUUCCUUAUCGAGGAUCUACUCCUCUGACGGAUUGGAUUGUCCUGUAUUUCAGCAGCAUUUGGAUAUGUAUUCUUUAUUGCAAGGUGAAACUGAAAAGCCAAGGAAACUAGAUAUCUGAUUCGACGCACCUGGGAAAGGGUCGAGCGCGAGAAUGGCAACUAAUUUUGCGAGAAAGCAAAAGUAACGGCAAAUUGUAUCGCGUAAAGAAAAUGAAAGCCUCUUGUUUUUUUGGUGCACAUUGUGAAGAACAUUAAGGUACUGUGCAACCGUACCGAGCCUGUCUGAAAUUUUCCCCGGGCUUUAAUUAGAGCUAUCCCACCCUGUCCUCACCAAACGACCACCGGCUGGCACUUUACACCGGAGGACAAGGAGCAUCGCAGAGGAAAGGUGGAUGGAGCUCCAAAAUCGGCAACGCUGACAGCCGUGGCUCUGAGCGGCAGAUACUCUCAUGUUCCCGGGCCGAUGCCUCGAGUCUUUGCUCUCUGCCAGCCUGUCCACAUGUAGCAGCCCGAGUCUACAGCUAUACUCCGAGCUAACGCUGCCAGUGGAGCCUUCAUGAGCAUCUCCAGCCUUUCUACACUUCUCAGAUAGAGUUCCCCCGAGAGAUGGAGUGGCUGACCUUCUCCCUCCUGGCCCUGGCUGUGUCUGCUUCGGGGCAGCUGUGCCCCAAGCGUUGCAUGUGCCAGAACCUGUCUCCAUCUCUAGCCAUCCUCUGUGCCAAGACUGGCCUGCUUUUUGUGCCAACAGUCAUCGACCGGCGUACAGUGGAGCUGCGUCUCACAGAGAACUUUAUCACCGCAGUAAGGAGGAGGGAUUUCGCAAACAUGACCAGUCUCUUGCACCUGACGUUGUCCCGCAAUACCAUCAGCCAGAUUUUGCCUUACGCUUUCGCCGAUCUUAAGCGGCUGCGUGCACUGCACCUGGACAGUAACCGCAUAAGCGUCAUCACGGACGACCACUUCCGAGGACUCACCAACCUACGGCACCUUAUCCUUGCCAACAAUCAACUGCACAACAUCUCACCACAUGCAUUUGAUGACUUUUUGGGGACUCUCGAGGACCUAGAUCUUUCGUACAAUAACCUAGUGGAUAUCCCAUGGGACACUAUAGGACGCCUCACCAAUGUGAACACUCUCAACAUGGACCAUAACCUCAUCGAGCAUGUCCCCCUAGGAGUCUUUUCGAACCUACACAAACUAGCACGUCUGGAUAUGACAUCCAACAAGCUAAAGAAAAUACCCCCUGACCCAUUGUUCCUUAGGAUACCAGUUUAUGCCAAGUCAAAAGGGUCACCCCUUUCCUCCCUCGUCCUAAGUUUCGGAGGGAACCCACUACAUUGCAACUGUGAACUACUCUGGCUAAGGAGGGUAACGCGAGAGGAUGACCUGGAAACUUGCGCGUCACCUCCCGAUCUUAUGGCAAAGUACUUCUGGACAAUUCCAGAAGAGGAGUUCAUCUGUGAUCCCCCUGUGAUUACAAGGAAAUCUCCCAAAACCUUUGUCAUGGAAGGUCAACCCUCCAGCCUGAAAUGCAAGGCCAAUGGGGACCCAGACCCAGACGUUCACUGGAUCUCCCCAGAGGGCCGUCUAAUCGCCAACACCUCCCGCACUUUAUCCUUUAGCAACGGGAGCUUGGAGAUCAACAUCACUUCCUUGAAGGAUACUGGAGUUUUUACCUGCAUUGCGUCAAAUGCCGCGGGGGAAUCUACAGGCACGGUGGAGUUGGUGGUCAGCCCCCUGCCACACUUGGCUAACAGCACCAACCGAAUCCGAGAACCUGAUCCAGGUCCGUCUGAUAUUCUAACCUCUGCUAAGUCGACUUCAUCAGUCAGCAAUGAGACCAGGUCUCAGGAGAGGAAAGUGCUACUUGCUGAGCUCACGGCAAAUUCUGCACUCAUCAGGUGGCCUUCGCAACAACAUUUCCCUGGAAUCAGGAUGUAUCAGAUUCAGUACAACAGCUCGGCAGAUGACACCUUGGUCUACAGAAUGAUUCCCUCCACGAGUUACGACUUCCUGGUGCGAGACCUCGUAUCCGGACGAGAGUAUGACCUCUGCGUUCUGGCCGUGUACGACGACGGCGUGACCUCGCUGACCGCCACGCGCCAGGUGGGCUGCGUCUCAUUCGUCACGGAGACCGAGUACAGCCAGUGCCAGUCGCUCCGAAGCCAUUUCCUGGGCGGCACCAUGAUCAUCAUCAUCGGAGGGAUCAUCGUGGCCUCCGUCCUCGUUUUCAUCAUCAUCCUCAUGAUCCGAUAUAAAGUCUAUAGCCAUCAGGGGGCAGAUUCUGGAAAGGGAACCGCCAUGACGAACGUGCGCUCGCAAACGAACGGGGGUCAAGCGGCGGGACAGGUCCCGCGCUCCAGCUCCAAAAUCGUAGAGCCCCAGGAGAGCUCGGGAGCGGGUUUAGGGGCUGCCGCUGGGGCCACCGCUAGUUUAAAAGACUCCACUGCCAUGGUGCUGGUCACAGACUCUGAGACAGCUGUGCAGAUUUCAGAGAUGACCUGUGAGGACAUAGUCUCCCCCUCACAAAGGCACCAUCCCAGAACUUGUAUAGAGCUCAAGAGACGUCCUUCGCUGUCCUCAAAAGAGGGUACAAGCACAACGGACACACAAGUAGACACCGCAAGCCCACAGGUCAGUGACGAGAAGAGAGUUCAACGAGAUUGGAGCGACUUUAAAAUUUGAUGACUCCUUCCGCUGUCCCGUAAAGGACAGCCAUCAUCCCUGAAGAAGCACGCCAGGUCAUCUGAUUAUGGGGAGAGGAAUAUGGAAUAAUUUGUCUGAACCCCUGCUGGACUUUCUCCCUUGAGUGUUCACUUCUCACACUGUAUUCCAAGGACUAUCCAACCGUUUCCUACCAGGACACAUUUGAGGACUCAAUCCACUACUGCAACGAAUGGAAAACGGAGCACAAUAAAUGUUCUCCAUUGCUGGCUUUUGGAACAUAUUGCCUUUUACACCCCGCGGCCGGGACUGUCUAUGUGUUUGCUGCCGACUUCAGUAUGCAUUGUUUACUGGACGGUUUGGGUUCGAGAAUAACACCUCACUGGAAGGGCGAUGUUAUCUGGCCUCUGUCUGCUCACCCAGAGGGGAUGUUUGCUGAUACCUUAAUUCUUUGUUCCACCUUCCACCUCUUUGAGAUAAGUACUCCGCAAUUAGUAAUUACCACAACAUUGUUAAUCACAUAGUACAGCCGAGUUCUUGGAAAUUAACGGUUCGGUGAUGGUUUUGUUGCUAAUGUUUUGUUUUCUUUGAGACCCUUCAGCUUGUUUUUUCUGGCUGAUUGAAAUUAGGAAUGAAACAUAUAAUGACUCACGAAUUUGCCCUUUCAAUAAGCCCAGAUGCUCCCCUCAUAGGGUCAGAGAAAACGCCAAUUUACUCAGUGCUUAGAUUAACCAGAUGGAUCUAAAUGGUCGCCCACAUUGACUUCUUCAAAACUUGUUUCAUUCGGAGGUGGUCACACUGGAUUUUAAGGACUUUCCGAAUAUUGCAACAGCCAGGAUGUAAUGCCCACAUUCCAUGGCUUGUGAUUUGAAGAAAUACAUUUAAUUUUCAAAAGAAGGAUGGUUUGGAAUCUUGAUGGAUUAUUCACAAUGUUAAUAUGUCUGUUAUUUCACUUUCCAGUAAUGUGAAACAUUCACCAAAAUUGAGAGUUUUCCAAUUUUUAUUUGAAUGCACCGGGUUACUGGUGAUUAAGCAUCUUUUCACGAAUUUACAGAUAUUCAUCAUCCUCCUCCCAUUCAAUCAUGCAAACUGCACCAGUGAGAGCAAACUCAGAUGGGACAAAGUAAACAGCAUGUCUGUGCUUCCUGCACUUUCAUCAAUUUGCCCUUCACCACCUCCUCCAUCUCAACUGGAUUUACAGCGUCAUCCAUGACCCUCCUGCCCAGUGAGAACUGAAACUCAUGGGACCCAAAGCAACGAACAGACGGCGGCAGCAGUCUCAAAUGGGAGCACAAGUAUACAUGUUAAUUUGAGUUGUUUGGUCACUUUUUAUUUUGCCAUUUUCUUUUGUAACUGUACAUAAAUCAAUUUAAGAUCUUAUAGUUUUGUACAUGUAAUUUUUAUGGUGUGUGAUUUCUCUUUUUUUUAUAAAUAAUAAAAGACUAGAUCAAUUCUAAUG